AAGGUUGGGACAAAGCUUUCAAAGACAGAGAUGUUCAACCAUUUCGUCUGGAUAACGUUAUUGUUUUUAGAGAAGAAAAAAAAAACGUUACUGUUUUCAACAAGCAACUGUCUUACAAAUAGAAGAAACAAAGAAACAACUUUUAAAGAAUAUGAAAUGGUGUCGAUGUCCUCAAGAACCUGAAGGCAAAAUCAACUUGUUGACAGCCAGACAAGUGUUGAACUUACUUGCUGAUGUUACAGAUCUCUUUGCAAUCUAAUGGACCGCAAGGGACCCGUCCGUCACCAAUAGCUGAUAUAUUUCAUACAUUUUGGACCGUGAUAUUACCAGUACUUUAGCGCGUUAGGUCGUUAAUAACUAACUCGGCAGCUGUGAACUGUGAACAGAGCUUUCUGUCGGAGUUAAAUAAGAGAGGCAUUAUUUUCCUCCGUAGGUAUGUUUCCGUUAGAUUCGACGUGGAACAUUUCCUUUGCAGGUUGCGGUUUCUUAGGCAUCUAUCAUAUCGGUGUAGCGAGUUGUCUACAGGAGCAGUGUCCGUUUCUAGUGCAUAACGCCCGGCACAUCUACGGGGCAUCAGCUGGGGCGCUCACCGCCACUGCGCUGGUCAGCGGAGCUUGUUUAGGUGAGGCAGGUGCCAGCAUCAUUGACGUGGCCAAAGAUGCCCGGAAGCGUUUCCUGGGUCCUAUGCACCCGUCUUUCAACCUGGUCAAGAUCAUGCGUAACAUGCUGUAUAAAACACUGCCACCGAAUGCCCACCAUCGUGCCACAGGGAGGCUGGGCAUAUCACUCACCAGGGUGACCGACGGAGAGAAUGUCUUGGUGUCCCACUUUAACAGCAAGGAGGAACUGGUGCAGGCGUGUGUCUGCAGUGCUUACAUCCCUGUGUACUGUGGACUGAUCCCCCCUACACUGCAGGGUGUGCGUUACGUGGAUGGUGGUAUCAGUGAUAAUCUGCCUCAGUAUGAGCUGAAGAACACCAUCACUGUGUCUCCGUUCUCUGGAGAGAGUGACAUCUGCCCCAGAGACCGAUCCACCAACAUGCAUGAACUACGAUUCACCAACACCUCCAUCCAGUUUACACUCACCAACCUCUACAGAGUGUCCAAAGCUCUGUUUCCCCCUGAGCCACAGGUUAUGAAGGCCAUGUGUAAACAGGGGUACAACGAUGCUCUUCACUUUCUGAAGAAGAACGGACUGUUGAAUCCCCAAGGACCCCACAGACCUCUAAUAGCCGACGGUGAGGAAGAUGACGUCAUCGAGGAUGAUGACGACGAUGACGAAGAACACGAGGAGCGGCUGGUACAGAACGAGAUCAGACCCAUUGAGAAAGAGUCCGUGGUGGCCCCCGCCGAGUCCAAAUCCAACAUCGAGGAUCAUAUCUUCGAGCACCUGCCACCCAGACUACACAAAGCUCUGGUGGAAGCCUGCAAGGAGAGAUACAGUCUGGGCCAGUCGCUAAGCAACCUACUGCCAGUCAGGAUGGCGACAGCUAUGAUGCUUCCAUACACCUUUCCCCUGGAGUCUGCUCUGUCUAUGACUGUUAGACUGUUAGAGUGGCUGCCUGAUGUUCAGGAGGAUGUGGGAUGGAUCAGGGAGCAGGUCGUUAAGGUGUUGCAGUGUGCUAUAAUUAUAUAUGUGAGCCGGGCCACCAAGACUGUCUCCAACCACGUCUCUGCAAACUGUUACUACCAGUUGGAGCUGCGUCACUGCCAGUCCCUGCCUGCCCAACUCAACCCUGCCAGACUGCUCCCUAGCUGGGUGAGUGGAGGCAGCUCCUCUGUCCUGGAUGUUAUCAGUCGUCUGGACCAGUACCAGAGGCAGCUGCUGCCGGGCUCCUUCUGUGUUAACCUGGACCUCCACGGCGCCUUAUACACCAGGGGGACCCCAGGCCCAGGAAGAUGCCCCGAAGCUGGGGAAGGAAGUCCGGCCCUGGCCCCUAUAGACCCAGAGGAGGUCGAGGGGAUGGGGCUGAUGAUGAGGAGGCUCAAUGAAAACCACAACUCUACUCCAGCCUCACUCUAACAUUAUAAUGUAUCCCUAAAGAAAAGGACGAGGGUGGACUGGGCGUGUCCAGAGGGUAAAUGAGGGCGUGUCCAGAGGGUGAAUGAGGGCGUGUCCAGAGGGUAAAUGAGGGUGUGUCCAGAGGGUAAUUGAGGGCGUGUCCAGAGGGUAAAUGAGGGCGUGUCCAGAGGGUAAAUGAGGGCGUGUCCAGAGGGUAAAUGAGGGCGUGUCCACAGGGUAAAUGAGAGCGUGUCCACAGGGUACACUGAGCCAAACCCACGUUCAGUACCCCGAGCCAAACCCACAUUCAGUACCCCGAGCCAAACCCACGUUCAGUACCCCGAGCCAAACCCACGUUCAGUACACUGAGCCAAACCCACGUUCAGUACCCCGAGCCAAACCCACGUUCAGUACCCCGAGCCAAACCCACAUUCAGUACACUGAGCCAAACCCACGUUCAGUACACUGAGCCAAACCCACGUUCAGUACACUGAGCCAAACCCACGUUCAGUACACUGAGCCAAACCCACGUUCAGUACACUGAGCCAAACCCACGUUCAGUACACUGAGCCAAACCCACAUUCAGUACACUGAGCCAAACCCACAUUCAGUACACUGAGCCAAACCCACGUUCAGUACACUGAGCCAAACCCACGUUCAGUACACUGAGCCAAACCCACGUUCAGUACACUGAGCCAAACCCACGUUCAGUACCCCGAGUGCAUAUAUUUAAUUGUACGUGACCCCAGUGGGAACCAAAGCCACGAUGACACUGGCGUCGCUGACACCACGCGGUUACUAUUAGUAUCAGUAUUACCUUAGAACUACAUUGUUGGUCAGAAGGACAUUUUCACUGUGAGGUUCUACACCUGUUGUCUUCAAGCACAUGUGACAAAUACAAUUUGAUUUGAUUUCUCGUCUGAGCCACACUGGAUCUCUAGGAGCUGUUGGUAGCUAUUAGGGCCCUAGUGGGAUGUCUAUUAGGAUCACAGACUGUCGACGCCUAGGAACCUACAGGGACCUUCGACAACCUGUCACCGAUCUGCAGAAUCUCGUCUGCAGCACCUUAGAAGGACAUGUAACUUAUGUUCAUUGACUUGUUAUCCGUCCUCAGACUCUGAUCACAAGUCCAACAGCUCAUCGUUACACAGUGCCUCACAGUACUUUGACAUUCAGUAUCAGUUAAAAGUUUGGACACAACUACUCAUUCAAGGGUUUUUCUUUAUUUAUUUGUACUAUUUUCUAUAUUGUAGAAUAAUAAUGAAGACAUUAAAACGAUG